AUCCCGCUCACAGUGCUGCAGAUAGGGGCUGCCAACACAUGCGGCGCGUCUGCAGGUGAAGGAACAUGCUGAAUAUGCUGGACACACAGUGAGGAAUUCAACCACUGCUGUAUCGGACAUAUCGUUCCUGAAUUUCUCUCUCUCUCCUUUUUAAAUACAAAACCCAGAUUGUUUUAAGGAGAUUGCGCGUUGUGGACUUGGCACGAAGAGAGAAGGAGAGAGUGAGACACAGAGAGAGAGAGAGAAAGAGAGAGAGAGAGAGAGAGCGAGCGAGAAGAGAGAGAAGUGUACUGGUUGUUGCAAGUGACUUGGAGGAAAAGGAGAGCAGCAGCCGGACAGGUAAUCUGCUUCACAUCCUCAAACAGUCGGAGAGUUGACGGGCUCCUUCUCCCGCCCUGUGAUGAGUUUGGAACCUGCGUGCGCGGGCAUUUAAAUGACCCGAUUUGACACACGUGGACAUAUCAGUGGACACGGGAAUAUUGCAGCCUCAGCAACCAGCAUCAAAACAGGAGAUUAUUGUUACCGCAAACUGUAAGUAAAAGGGCGCACGAUGUGGACUGAUCGUACUUUGCGCCGCAUAUGAUUUUCGGACUGUGACCAUUUUUCGCCUUUACGCGCAUACAAAUUCACCACACAGAGCGCGCAGAGGAGCCUCUUGGUGUACUUAGACCAAAAACAUUUGCGGCUUUUAUUUUUUUUUCUACUAAUACAAGAAAAGAGCAACUGGCAUCCUGUGCCGCGGUAGAAAAGAAGAGAAGAGAAGAGAAGAGGAGAGAGCAUCGUGCACUUGCUGCUUUUCACUGCAGCAGGAGCGAUGUAGGAUGAAGUCUUGCACAUCCCGACACUGAGGGCUUAUUCGCUCCUGAUGAACAUUCCCUCUUUUUUAUAUUAACAUCAGUGAUUUCGUAAUUCUUUUUUUUUCAAAAAGAAAAAAGAAAACACAAGUGGAACAAUGAGGACUACUGGCGCAGUGGACUAUUUGUACUAUUGCAUGCUCAUCCUGCAGCUCGUCAAUCAGCCCGCUGCCAAGCAAGUGCUCCGGUACCGUUUGGCCGAGGAGGGACCCGCGGAUGUCAGAGUGGGGAACGUUGCCACCGACCUGGGCAUCGUCGCAGGGUCUGGAGAGGUGACAUUCACGCUGGAGUCAGGAUCUGAUUUUUUCAAAAUAGACAACAUAACAGGUGAGCUCACCACCAACGAGAGGCGGAUAGACCGCGAGAAACUGCAGCAGUGCCAAAUGAUAUUUGAUGAGAAUGAGUGCUUUAUAGAUUUUGAAGUGUCAGUGAUAGGACCUGCCCAGAGCUGGGUCGACCUGUUUGAGGGAAAAGUCAUCAUAUUAGAUAUAAAUGACAACACACCAUCGUUCCCUUCCCCUGUCCUGACACUGUCAGUGGAGGAGAACAGACCCAUUGGAACCCUUUACCUGCUGCCCACAGCCACAGACAGAGACUUUGGCAGAAAUGGAAUAGAGAGAUAUGAGCUGAUCCAGGACAAUGGGGAGACCUCAAGGCGCUUGGGCUCCUCUGGGGAUUCGUACUCAGGGAAGAGGAGGUUUGAUGAAGGCGCAAGUAGGAGCAGCGUAUUCGAGCUGCAAGUUGCAGACACCACUGAUGGAGAGAAACAGCCCCAGCUCAUCAUUAAAGGGGCCCUUGACAGGGAGCAGAGGGACUCUUAUGAGCUCACACUGCGCGUGAGGGAUGGAGGAGAUCCCCCUCGCUCCUCCCAGGCCAUCCUCCGGGUGAUGAUCACCGAUGUGAAUGACAACAGCCCCCGCUUUGAGAAGAGUGUGUACGAAGCGGACCUGCCAGAGAACAGCUCCCCCGGUGCCCCCAUACUCCAGCUCAAAGCAGCAGAUGCAGACGUGGGGGUUAAUGGUCAGAUUGAGUAUGUGUUUGGGGCAGCCACGGAGUCGGUGAGGAGGCUGCUGAGGCUGGACGAGAGCACGGGGUGGCUGAGUGUGUUGCACCGCAUCGACCGUGAAGAAGUGAGCCAACUGAGGUUCACAGUAAUGGCCCGUGACCGCGGUCAGCCACCUAAAAUGGACAAGGCGACAGUGGUGCUGAACAUUAAGGAUGAAAAUGACAAUGUCCCUGCGAUUGAGAUACGGAAAAUCGGACGCAUCUUCUUGAAAGAUGGUAUAGCUAAUGUGGCUGAGGACGUGGUGGUGGACACACCCAUUGCCUUAGUUCAGGUGUCGGACCGAGACCAGGGGGAAAAUGGCAUAGUGACCUGCACGGUCGUCGGGGAUGUGCCCUUUCAGCUCAAACCUGCGAGUGAAAUGGAGGGCGAGCAGAAUAAAAAGAAAUAUUUCCUCCACACAUCUGCACCGCUGGACUAUGAGGCCACACAGGAAUAUAAUGUGGUCAUUGUGGCCGUGGACUCCGGAAGCCCCAGUCUGGCGAGUAAUAACUCUCUAAUUGUCAAAGUGGGUGACACCAAUGACAACCCUCCUAUCUUUAGCCAGAAUGUUGUCGAGGUGUCAUUCCCAGAAAACAAUGCCCCAGGCGAGAGGGUGACAACAGUGGUGGCCAUUGACGCAGAUAGUGGGAAGAAUGCUGAAAUAGCUUAUUCCCUCGACUCAUCAGUGAAUGGGAUUUUCUCCAUUGAUGCAGACAGCGGAGACAUCCGAGUAAACAUCAUUUUGGACAGAGAGCAAACGGAGCGCUACGAAUUCAAAGUGAUAGCCAAAGAUAAGGGCAUAAACACGCUUCAGGGCUCUGCAACAGUGGUCGUCCUCGUGGCCGACAAGAAUGACAAUGAGCCAAAGUUCAUGCAGGAUGUGUUCACCUUUUAUGUCAAAGAGAACCUGGAGCCAAACAGCCCCGUUGGCAUGGUAACAGUGAUUGAUGCAGACAAAGGCCGGAAUGCAGAGAUGAGCCUUUUUAUUGAGGAAGAGGCGGACAUCUUUUCCAUCGAGAAUGACACUGGGACUAUUUUCUCCACGCUGUCUUUUGAUAGAGAGCAGAAAACCACGUACACCUUCCGCGUCAAAGCUGUGGAUGGUGGUGACCCCCCCAGAUCGGCCACUGCCACAGUUUCUCUCUUUGUCAUGGAUGAAAAUGACAACGCACCAAUGGUGACUUUCCCAAUCAACAGCUCCUACACGCUUCUCAACCCUGCCACUAACAUCGGAACAGUCGUCAGAACUGUCAUCGCCACUGACUCUGACACCGGCAUCAAUGCGGACCUGAACUACAGCGUGAUCGGGGGAAACCCCUUCAAGCUGUUCGAGAUUGAUGGAGGAUCUGGGGUCAUUUCACUGGUGAGGAAGCUGGAGCUGAAGCAUUAUGGCCUCCACAGACUAGUGGUGCAGGUGAAUGACAGAGGGCUGCCUUCACAGAGCACCACGACACUGGUCCACGUGUAUGUCAAUGAGACUCUUUACAAUUCCACAGUUGUGGAGGCCCAGGUGGCUAAGAGCCUGAGCACGUCUCUUAACACAAACAUUGCCGGUGACCCCAACUAUGAUCUCAGCAAACAGCGGUUAAGCAUUGUAAUCGGAGUAGUUUCGGGCAUCAUGACGGUCAUCCUCAUUAUUCUUGUUGUUGUCAUGGCUCGUUAUUGCCGUCCCAAGAAUAAGAAUGGCUACGAGGCCGGCAAGAAGGACCACGAGGACUUCUUUACGCCACAGCAGCACGACAAGUCCAAGAAGCCCAAGAAAGACAGGAAGAAACAGAAAUCAAAACAGCCGCUCUACAGCAGCAUUGUCACCGUUGAGGCCUCCAAACCCAACGGACAGCGCUACGACAGCGUCAACGAGAAGCUGUCGGACAGUCCAGGCAUGGGCCGCUACCGUUCUGUCAACGGAGGGCCGGGGAGCCCAGAUUUGGCACGACACUACAAGUCCAGUUCACCACUCCCGACUGUCCAGCUUCAUCCGCAGUCGCCAACAGCUGGAAAAAAGCACCAGGCAGUUCAGGACCUGCCCCCUGCUAAUACCUUUGUUGGCACCGGAGAUAACAUUUCCCUUGGAUCUGACCACUGCUCCGACUACAGCAGUCAAACUAUCAACAAGUACAACAAACAGCCGUUUCGCCGAGUGACCUUCUCUGUGGUGAGCCAGCCCCAGGACCCUCACCAGCAGGGAUCGCUGCAGAGCUGCUACGACAGCGGCCUGGACGAGUCGGAGACGCCCAGCAGCAAGAGUUCAUCGGGCCCCCGGCUGGGCGCCCUUCCCCUGCCUGAGGACAGCUACGAGAGGACAACGCCGGAUGGCAGUGUCGGUGAGGCAGAGCACAUGGAAAAUGGUAGGGGCAAACACUGAAGAGAUUAAUUAGUAAACGCUAAGCUAUAGAAUUAGGAAACACUAGACGCACACACACACUGGCUAGAGUAUUCACGUAGCACGUCCAAAGCUAGACAGUCUCACAAACAUGCAGAAUCGUGAGGUUAUCACUCCUCUUGUUUGUUCUUCUAAAAAUCAAGUACAUCUCCAAAAGCAUUGAUUGGUUCUUGAAGAUUAGACUGUCUGGUUUGGUGUGGUGUGGUGUGGUGGUUGUGAUACUGUAGCUGUUAAAAAACGCCCCUCCAACAUACGUA